AUGCCUUCAAGAGAGUCAUCACCAACGAUAAUAAAUGGAAAACACCUUCAUAAUCACCAUACACAACAUUUUCAUAACAACGCGUCAUCAUCAUCACCUUCACCUUCACCUGCACCAUCACGUAUAGACGAAUCAACAUUUUAUAUAAGUCCAACAACAAAAACAAAAAAAUUAAAUGGUUAUAAAAAUUUAACUAUUGAAGUACCAAAUAAUAAUAACACCAAUAAUAACACCAACAAUACCACCAACAAUGAGAAUGAUGAACCAAUUCAACAUCCUUCUAUGAGAUCAUUAAAUACGAUAUUAGGAGAACCAUUAAAUUUUGAUAAUCAAUCACCAAUAUCAAAUACUUUUAAAUCAAUAAGUCCAAUAAAUUUCCCCAAUAUAACUCAAUUACCAACUCCUGUAUUAAAAAAUGGUUCAUUUUCAAAUUAUAGUCACCACAAUAAUAAUCAAAUAUUAUCAUCACCACCAAGAGAUAAAUCAAAUAAUAUAGAUUUAAUAAGAGUGAAACUGAUCCAAUCACCAAGAAUUUUAUCUGAUUAUAAACCUAUAUCAAGAGUAAAUAGUUUAAAUUCAAAUUCAAUGAAUAAUAAAAGAAUUAUGUCAAAUCCUCCACCUGAAUUACCAUAUUCUUCAAGCACUGUAUCAUCUAUAGGUUCAAAUAAACAACAACAAUUUGAUCAACCUAUACUACCUCAAAAUCAAAACAACAACCAAAAUCAACAACAAUCGAAUGGUAUAGAAUCUCCUAUAACUCCAUCAACAUCACCUUUAUUACCACAUAAUUCAAAAUUUCAAAAAUUUCCAGACCCUCAACAAGAAGAACAAGAACAAUCACUUUUACCAAAACAACAGCAAGAAUUUUAUUCAGAAAGAUUUGGUAUAACAUUUAAAUAUAUAAAAAAUUUAGGAGAAGGAAAUUUUAGUAAUGUUAUAUUAGCUAGAACUGAAAAUAAUAAUAAUAAUAAUAAUGAAGAAAUUGCAAUUAAAAUAAUAACAAUACCAAAUUCUAAAUCUCAAAUUAUAAAUUUCAAAUCUUUUAUAUUAAGAGAAUUAAAUAUUUUAUAUCAUGUAUCUUAUCAUCCUUGUAUUACUUCAUUAAUUGAUUUUAAAGUUACUUUAGAUAUUAAAAUGAAAGAUAUUGAAUCUGAAUUUAUACCAGAAGAAGAAACUACAGAAAAUGCAGAAAAUAUAGAAAUACCUGAAAAUAGAGAUCAAUUAAUUUUUAUGAAUUAUUGUAGAGGAGGAACAUUAUUAAAUUUUUUAUUAAAUCAUAAUCAAACAAUGAAUUUAAAUAAUUUAAAUUAUUGGAUACUUUUAAGAAGAAUAAUAAGUGAAUUAAUUUUAACAACAUUUUUUUUACAUAAGCAAAAUAUAAUACAUAGAGAUAUAAAAUUAGAAAAUGUUUUACUUUUAUAUAAUAUAGAAGAAAUUGAAGAAAUUUUUAAAUUUAAUGAAAUUUUAACAUUUCCAUUAAUUAAUUUAUCAGAUUUUGGAUUAUCUAAAAAAUUAAAUUCACCUGAUCAAUUAUUAUCAACAAGAUGUGGCUCCAAGGAUUAUAUUGCUCCAGAAGUUAUAAUAGGAUUAAAUUAUGAUGGGAAAUUAAGUGAUACUUGGUCAAUUGGUGUAUUAACUUAUUGUUUAUUAGAAGGUAGAUUACCAUUUGAUAUAACUCCACAAAAUUAUUCAACAUCUAUUAACAACAAAGGAAUAUCACCAUCAGUAAUCAAGAGAAGAAAUUCAAAAAAGACAACAAUAAAUCAUAGAAUUGCAAUGAUUGAUUGGGUAUGGAAUAAUAUUGAACACCACUUAAAAAAUAAUGAAUUAAAUCCUUUAAUUAUUGAAAUUUUUCAAGAUUUAAAAUUACUUGUGGAAAAAAUUCUUGUUAGAAAAGAUAGAAGACCUAAUUUAGAAACUAUUUUAGGAGAUCCUGAUUUUUUUUGGAUAAAAGAAAAUGUACCAAAAGAAUUAUUAGAUUAUAUAUAG